ACCCUUGCUGUACCUCCAGCACCGAGGCCAGUGCCCUGCUCAGAGUAGGCACUCAAUAAAUAUUUGCUGAAUGAAUGAAAACAAGAAACUGAAUCUGUGUACCCUGGAAUCCGUAAACAAAGAAGACAGCUCUACAAUUUACAAGUUAAGGAAAAAAAUAGUGCAGGUCUCCUACACCCGCCACUGACUCCCCGACUCUGAAAGGGUGCCUAAGAGUUGUCUACUGAGUGUGAUUCUAAACACCCCUGUUCCGCCUGGUGUUGCCUUGCUUGAAAUUCCACCAUCGUCCAGUCAUUCCCCAGAGUGAGGCAUUAUCCUCUUGGCACAGGGCCUGGCACCUAGGAAGCACUCAAUAAAUUUGAGCCACUCUUUUUAUUAUUAUUUUGUCUUUAAAAAUGCAAAUCCCUGGGAAAGAUGGCCCACUGAGUCAGUAACUCCUUAGUAUGAAUUAGUCUAGCAGCAGAAAUAGUUAAGGAAGGAACUUAGGGUGGGGAUAGGGGUGGGGUGCAGAAAGGGAGAAAGUUUCCAAAAAAAAUGGUAGGGGAUCUAAAGCCAGUCUGGGUCUGUGGUUUUGCCGAGGUCCACGCCUGCACUGCUCAAAGAGCGCUCCGCAAGCUGCCGCCGCCACUGGCUUCUCCUGUCAGGCGGCGGAGGAAACGCAGAGGCUCUGGGGGAGGGGCAGGGACCACGGGGUGGGGCGGCGAGCAGCGCGGCUGAGAGCGGCCUCGUCUGCAUGGACGGCGGCUGCCGCGCCGGCUGCUCGCCGGGGACACAGGUUCCCGUGGAGGAAUGAAAGAGAUCAAGGGGAAGAGAGCUGCCAGCUCCCUGGGGCCCUGCACCUGCCAGCUGCCGCUACAUACUCUGAGAAACACUGCUGCCAGCUAGAGGGGAGCACCUGUCCCAGAACCUCAGGACCUGGGACGAGAACCUCUGGGUGACUCCUUGGAACAAUGAAUCGGACCACCUGUGGGUUCCAGCACUCCAGAGCCAGCAGUGCCUUCCUGAACAGCUCCACACCAUUGCUCUUCUUGGAGAAUAUCACCACCUUGAAGCCAGAGACUGAAACUGAAGAAUUCAGCGGUUUAGGCACAGCAGCCACAGCCAUUUCUGUCUCCGUUGGCGUCAUGGCCCUCAUCUUGCUCCUAGUGGGUCUCUUGUCCAUGACCCUGAAGAAAUGGAGGCACGAGAGACUAUUUAAGAAACAACUGAGGCAUCAGACCAACCUUCUCCACAAAUCCUCGGAGCUGUCCUGCCAUGCGGAUGCCAUAUAUUGCAAUGUGAUCAACCUGGCCCCCUGGAAAGAGGAUGACUUCGCCAUCUAUGCCAAUGUGCUCCCUUUUGAUCACCCCAGGAGAACAUCACCAGACCAAGUGGAAUACACCUCUGUGCUGUUCCACUGACGGGAAGCUGAUGAGAUGCUUCCACUUGGACAGUCAGACCUGUGCCCCGGCUGGAACCUCAGUCCGCUUUUGCUUUAGAUGUAUGUGUGUGUGUGUUUUCAAAAAUGCAUAAAACAAUUUCUGUUGGAGGUA